UUCUCAGGUACCUUAGGAAUGUCCGACAGAGACAGCUAUUUUUAUGCUGCCAUAGUUGCUGUAGUUACUGUUCAUGUGGUACUCGCUCUCUUUGUGUAUGUAGCGUGGAAUGAGGGUUCUCGACAGUGGCGGGAAGGCAAACAGGACUAG